AUCCGACUGCUACUUCCGGUGUUUACUUCCGGUAAAUUCGCCGGUGAGAAGGUGACUUAGACGAGUUUUGAUAGUCGACAACAUGGGGGCAUCUGACAGCAAACGAACCAUGGUUGUGGACAGGGACGAUAUUAUGGUCACACAAGGUGUAUUAAAGAGAUUAACUAGUAAAGAGAAAGCAUCAGAACCUGAAACAAAACCUGAAGAUGGAAGUGGAAUGGAACUGGAUUAUGCGAUUCCAUCUCGUAGAAUAAGACAAAUUGAAUCAGCAUAUGAAGAGAAAUUGAAAAUGAUGGAAGAGAAGGAAGCACAAGCAAAAUCAAGACUGCAAAAAUAUGAGGAACAGAGUGAGCAACAACUACAGACGCAGAAAGAAGAAUUCAGUCAGGCGAUGGACGAAGUAGAAAACAAAUUUAUGCGUAACACUGGAUCACCCGUCUGUCAGGACAUUCAGCAAGAUGUGUUUCAUUGCUACCAAAACAACCCCGAACAGACGCUGAACUGCUCCUCACAGGUCCGAGCCUUUACGUCCUGUGUAGAUGACGCUCGUAAGGAUGCCUACGACAUGUCAAAGAAAGCGUGACUGGACGUUUACAUGGAAAUGUUUGAAGGUUCCUUUAACCCGGAGGAGGACUUGUGAUUUUUCUACUCGACCUUUGUUAUUAGAAAACAUUGAGGCAUGAGAUGUGACAUUAUACUAGGACUUGUCAACAGUGUUCUGUAUUACAAAUGAAGUUUAUUUAAAUGUGGGGAAAUAAUGAUGAACAAUGUACCUUAACUAUUUUAUUGACAUAAGACUGUGACAAAGAUACAUAGAAAAUAGUGUUGUGACAACCUUCAAGGUUUCGUUUCAUUUUCCUUCUUUUUACCAGUACGCCAUUAGGAUGAAUGGAACACAGUUUGUAUAAUGUUGGUGCAUUUUUACUCUCAAUAGAUAUCACUGUGUGGGCGGUGUGGUCACUGUGUGGUCCAUGCUGUAUGACAAGAUGAAUAAAUGAGGAGAUCAGAUGUU